AUGGCAGGAAUUUCCGAUCCGCUCAAUUUCUGCAAAGCAGAAGACUACUACAGCGUCGCGUUGGGCUGGAAGGGCCCUCAAAAGGUCAUUGGCAUAGACACUACUCCCCCCAAGGGCACCAAGUAUCCGAAAAACUGGCAUGGAGUGAACCUGAGAUUCGAUGAUGGGACUCUGGGCGUGGUUCAAUUCAUUAGACCGUGCGUUUGGAGGGUUAGAUAUGACCCUGGUUUCAAGACUUCUGACGAGUAUGGUGAUGAGAAUACGAGGACAAUUGUGCAAGAUUAUAUGAGUACUCUGGUUUAUAAGUUGGAUACUUACAGAGAGCUUACGUGGGGAACCAAGUGUGAGGAUUCGGGGGAAUUCUGGACCUUCUCGUCCUUGGUCACCGCCGUUGGCAAAUCUGAACGGACUCGCAACAAGGUCGGUGAUGGCAUGAAGAUUUACCUAUGGAAAGACCGCUUCCGCAUCCAAGCAGUGCGUACCUUGACCCCUAUAAAGGAUCCUUACCCCAUUCCAAAUGUAGCCGAGGCCGAAGCCCGUGUGUCCGACAAGGUCGUUUGGCAAACGUCUCCCAAGACAUUCAGAAAGAAUUUGCAUCCGCAGCACAAGAUGUUGAGGGAUACAGUUCUUGACAUUGUCAAGCCUGGACAUGGCGAGUAUGUGGGGUGGGGAGAGAUGGGAGGUAUCCAGUUUAUGAAGGAGCCAACAUUCAUGAACUAUUUUAACUUCGACAAUAUGCAAUACCAGCAAGUCUACGCCAAAGGUGCUCUCGAUUCUCGCGAGCCGUUGUAUCACUCUGAUCCUUUCUACCUUGAUGUGAACUCCAACCCAGAGCACAAGAAUAUCACGGCAACCUUUAUCGAUAACUACUCUCAAAUUGCUAUCGACUUUGGAAAGACCAACUCAGGCUACAUCAAGCUGGGGACUAGGUAUGGCGGUAUCGAUUGUUACGGCAUCAGUGCGGAUACGGUCCCGGAAAUUGUACGACUUUAUACAGGUCUUGUUGGACGUUCGAAGUUGAAGCCCAGAUACAUUCUCGGGGCCCAUCAAGCCUGUUAUGGAUACCAGCAGGAAAGUGACUUGUAUUCUGUGGUUCAGCAGUACCGUGACAGUAAAUUUCCACUUGACGGGUUGCACGUCGAUGUCGAUGUUCAGGACGGCUUCAGAACUUUCACCACCAACCCACACACUUUCCCUAACCCCAAAGAGAUGUUUACUAACUUGAGGAAUAAUGGAAUCAAGUGCUCCACCAACAUCACUCCUGUUAUCAGCAUUAACGACAGAGAGGGUGGAUACAGUACCCUCCUUGAGGGAAUUGCGAAAAAAUACUUUAUCAUGGACGACAGAUAUACCGAGGGAACAAGUGGGAAUGCGAACGAUGUUCGGUACAUGUACUACGGUGGCGGUAAUAAGGUUGAGGUCGAUCCCAAUAAUGUUGAUGCUCGGCCAGACUUUGGAGACAAAUAUGACUUCCCCAUGAACUUCAACUGCAAAGAAUACCCCUAUCAUGGUGGUGUGAGCUACGGCUACGGAAACGGCAGUGCAGGUUUCUACCCGGACCUUAACAGAAAGGAGGUUCGUAUCUGGUGGGGAAUGCAGUACAAGUAUCUCUUCGAUAUGGGACUAGAAUUUGUGUGGCAAGACAUGACUACCCCAGCAAUCCACACAUCAUAUGGAGACAUGAAAGGGUUGCCCACCCGUCUACUCGUCACCUCUGACUCCGUCACCAAUGCCUCUGAGAAAAAGCUCGCAAUUGAAAGUUGGGCUCUCUACUCCUACAAUCUCCAUAAAGCAACCUGGCAUGGCCUUGGCCGUCUUGAAUCUCGCAAGAACAAACGUAACUUCAUCCUCGGGCGCGGAAGUUAUGCUGGAGCCUAUCGUUUUGCUGGUCUCUGGACUGGAGAUAAUGCAAGUAACUGGGAGUUUUGGAAGAUUUCGGUUUCUCAGGUUCUUUCUCUGGGUCUCAAUGGUGUGUGCAUCGCGGGGUCUGAUACGGGUGGUUUUGAACCCUACCGUGAUGCGAAUGGGGUCGAGGAGAAAUACUGUAGCCCAGAGCUACUGAUCAGGUGGUAUACUGGUUCAUUCCUCUUGCCAUGGCUCAGGAACCAUUAUGUUAAAAAGGACAGGAAAUGGUUCCAGGAACCAUACGCAUACCCCAAGCAUCUUGAAACCCAUCCAGAACUCGCGGACCAAGCAUGGCUCUACAAAUCCGUUUUGGAGAUCUGUAGGUACUAUGUGGAGCUCAGAUACUCCCUCAUCCAACUGCUUUACGACUGCAUGUUUCAAAACGUAGUCGACGGUAUGCCAAUUACCAGAUCUAUGCUCUUGACUGAUACUGAGGAUACCACCUUCUUCAACGAGAGCCAAAAGUUCCUCGACAACCAAUACAUGGCUGGUGACGACAUUCUUGUUGCACCCAUCCUCCACAGUCGCAACGAAAUUCCAGGCGAAAACAGAGAUGUCUAUCUCCCUCUCUACCACACCUGGUACCCCUCAAAUUUGAGACCAUGGGACGAUCAGGGAGUCACUUUGGGGAACCCUGUCGAAGGUGGUAGUGUUAUCGAUUAUACUGCUAGAAUUGUCGCACCCCAGGAUUAUCAUCUCUUUCACACCGUGGUACCGGUCUACAUUAGAGAGGGUGCCAUCAUCCCGCAAAUGGAAGUACGCCAAUGGGUUGGCCAAGGAGGACCAAACCGCAUCAAGUUCAACAUCUACCCUGGAAAGGAUAAGGAGUACUUUACCUAUCUUGAUGAUGGUGUCAGCCGUGAUAGUGCGCCGGAGGACCUCCCACAGUACAAAGAGACCCACGAACAGUCGAAGGCUGAAGGCGCAGAAAUCACCAAGCAGGUUGAGAAGAUCGCAGGAAAGAAGAAGGGUUACAACAUCGCAGGAAGCGACCCGGAAGCGAAGGGUUAUCACCGCAAAGUUGCUAUUACACAAACGUCAAAAGACAAGACCCGUACUGUCACCAUUGAGCCUAAACACAAUGGAUACGACCCUUCCAAAGAGGUGGGUGAUUAUUACACCAUCAUUCUUUGGUAUGCACCAGGUUUCGAUGGCAGCAUGGUCGAUGUGUCCAAGACGACCGUGAAAGUCGAGGGCGCGGAGAACAAAGUUUAUAAGAACUCCGAUUUACACACGGUUGUUAUCGACGUGAAGGAGACGAUCGGUACCUCUAAGAGCGUCAAGAUCACGUGUACUGCCGCUUAA